CAAUUUGGCAAUGCCGAAUUAUUCCAACUUUUUGAAUAUUUUCAUUUAGGCCUACGACAAUUUCUGCUCGUGCUUGAUUCAGGUCUAAAAAUAAAUCGAGAUCAAACCAAAAUAUUCUUUAUUAGCUAAAGAUCAAUUGGUCAAAAUGAACGAUUUGAUUGUUAUCAAGUCACCGCGAUGGUUGUAAGGUGAUAACCUGACAAAUUACGCAUAACUCUAGCUUGAGCUUAAUGGUUUCUGGGGUUUCUCGUCCAAUGGCAAAUUUCUCCUGCUUUAAACUGGCUGUGAAUCAGAUGUGAAUUUGUCGUAUAAGUUCUACCAGAGUCUUCACCAUAUAUUAUUAUGGAUGAGGGAAUAAACAACAAACUAGUCGAAGAUGCUGUAUUUCACUCAGAAGAUGGUGCAGUCCACUCCAUCUUCUCUCAGCAAAGCAAUAAUGGUAACCAAAUUCACUGUAACCUAUGCAGCUUAUUGAUCCCAAACAUCAGAGAUGUCACCAAACAUGUGACAACCUUUGGUCACCAACUCAGGCUCUAUAAUAAUGUUAGAUUGGCAACAACAACAGAUCUUAAGGAUGCAAAAGACUGUGAUGGCCCCAUUAUUAGACAGCCAAAGAUUUUCUUGGAAACUGGGGAAGAAGAUGAAACACCUCCAGGUUGUGAAGAUCUGCUGUUUCCAUCUGAAUUGCAACCACUGAUAGCUUCAUCGUUGGAAACAUAUUAUGAUUCGCCUUUGAUUGGACUCGAAUAUGUUGUGGAAGUACAUCCAGAUGCAUCGGAUGAUGUGACUUGCCCAGUUCAUGCAUUUUACAUCUGCGUUUUGUGUGAGAAGCGAUGCGACAUUGUGGAAAACAUUAUGAAGCAUAUGGAAUCGUCAGCUCAUCGCAUUUCCUAUUUGCGGAAAUACUUCCCUCGAGCAUACUCUUUGUUUCUGCAAGCUGAUCCUUGCUUAGAAAAUUGGACGCCCGAAAUUCAUGAAUACCUGGGAGCUAUCGUCAGCCGAAUUGAAUCAUUGAAAGGUCGUUUACAGGUCUUGCCCUGUCAUCGCACCCAGUGGGAUGUAAAAUCUAAACAUUUUCGAACGAAAAUCGAUCUCGGGACUCAUUUAAGAGAAUCUCCAUUUUUGGUCUAUUAUGAUAUUACCUCUCCGUUUACUGAUACUGAAGUUGAAACUCAAGCUAACAACGUAAAGCCUGGUGGCUAUGCUGUUUCUCAAUUAGAUGGAAUGUUAGCAAACAGCUCAGAAAGAAUGAAUUCGGACACAUCUGAUCCAUUGAAAAAAGGUAGUGGCACGAAAUUUGGCCAAGAAACACAAGUCAUCUUUCUAUCGGAUGAUGAUUCUCUUUCAGACAACGACUGUGAAAAGGUUGAUGGAAAUAUCGUCUUCCUCCCAACUUCCCAGACCCUCAGCGAACGAGGUAGCGGUGAAACAGUUUCAAGUAAAAUUCCACAAAACAUGGUUUGGCCCUUGAACCCUCUAUCCCGAUCAAUCUGCCUGAAUAACGAAGAAGAUGUAACUGCUGAAAAGCCUUCAUAUCAGCCAGCGGAAUCAGAUGACGAUAUUGUAGUUGAGAAAGAAAUAUUGGGAAAACAAGUCGCACAAAAAUUCAGCAGUCCUCAACGAACAAAAUCACAUUCCAAGUUGAGGUCCCGAUCACGGUCUCCAAAGCGCUCGGGAAUCAGUUCUAGAGGUCGCAGUACCAGUUACAGAUCUCCUUCCCGAUCUCCAAAGCGAUCCCGUCCAAGGUCCAGUUCUAGAGAUCGUUAUGCUGUUUCUAAAUCCAGGACUCCAUCUCGAUCUCCGAAGCGAUCCCGUCCAAGGUCCAGUUCUCGAGAUCGUAAUGCGGUUUCUAAAUUCAGGAAUCCAUCUCGAUCCCCGAAGCGAUUCCGUCCAAGUUCCAGUUCUAGAGAUCGUUAUGCGGUUUCCAAAUCCAGGACUCCAUCUCGAUCUCCGAAACAGUUUCGUUCAAAAUUCAAUUCCAAUAAGCAGCAGCAGCCGCAGCCCCUAAAACAUCAAGAACGACAUCCAUCAUCGACUAACAGUGUUCGAAAUGCAAUUGGUUAUGAAAUCCUCGUAACUCAGCGAAAAGGCAAAAGUAGAUUGGCGUCCCCUGUGCGCGCUAAACAACAUGACAAUGACAACACUAGAGUUAAUAAAAGAAGCCGCCUGUGGAAACUUGAUCAAGAGUUGGAUUCGUAUAAAGGAAAGCUUCGUAGCAAACACAAAAUUUACAAGGAACGACCCGAAGAACAUCCUCUCUACGCCGAAGAAUGGAAAGCCUUCUGGAAGAAACGCAGCACCGAACUUGUAGAAGAAGGGAAAAAUGUUAUCACUUAUGAUUUCAAGCCGGAUUGGUUUGCUUUUUGGUUCCGUCGAAUGAAGAAACUAGACAAAGAACUAAUCAAGAAAAAGAAAUCGUUAUUGGAAAAAAAGUACGGAUUAGUCGAUGAUGAAGAUGUUCAAGAUAAUUCUGCAACGGAGAAAGAAUAUGAAUCGGAAUCUGUACAAAAUCGCAAGCCAGUUCAAUUCGGUUGGCAAAAUCGUUGGAAAAAACCCGUCACGCUUGAUCCCGCUGGAAAUCUUGAGAAAGUAGGACACCAGACAAAGAAUUUGCCUCAGGCUGAAGAUGCUCCUCUUCCUACUGAAAUCCCAACAGCUGACGUAUCUUCUCCUAACGCGUUGUCUUUUGAAGAACUAAGAGUCGCCCAAAAUCCGAAGCUCAUUUGCCGUGUUGUUGGAAAUACUUCCCGAAUCCCAGAAGAUGUGCCGCUUCCUUCGGGUCCAAAUUUUCUGGAAGUUCUUCGAAUGUUGGUCGCCCUUGAGGACAGUCUCGGUUCUCUUGGUCCAAGCAUCAUGGGUUUGCUUACGCGAGCCCUAUCGUCUGAACGCCGUGAAGUUGGUAGCUCAUCUAAACUGUUGAACGAAGAUCCAACCUGCGUUGAUUUGCUCGACACAUCGAAAGAGAAGUUGAAAGGAUUAAUUUCGGCUGGAUUCCUGGAUGGAGUUAAAGGAACAGCUGCCUCGCGGGCUAUUGAAAACGUUACUCGCCUCCUCAAGCAGCCUUCAGUUACUUCACAUUCUAGUACUUCCUCGGACGGACCUCCGGGUUUUAACAUGGCGUCACUAAUUAGCAAUCUGCAAGCUGUUGGAAUGUUGCGCCCUCUUCAAUCGACUACAACAUUGCCCUCAGCUAUUGGGUCUCCCAGCGUGGCUGAGUUGAAAGACAAGGAUUCAACAUCAAGUGCUAGCAAUUCGAAUGAGUGUCAUUUUGAAAAAGAUCAACUAUUCAACGGUGAAGAACUGAAAACCCUGAUUUUAAAUUUCCGGACGUUGACCGCGCAGCAAAAACGCGAUCUUGUUAAAUACUUGCGCCGAUUGGAAGAAAGACUCCCAGAGAGGGAUGCUGUCAAUUUGAGUCAAAAAAUGUCUUCGUCUUUUUCUCCGUCAUCUCCUUUAUCCAAGAAACACCGAAAAUAUCAAAGCUGCCAAGUCACCAACCCAACGGCUCCAGCUCCUCCUUCGUCGAUUCGAUAUCCCACUAUACAAGAAAUGACGGGAUUGUCUUGCGUUGAUUUGAAAAAUUUUGGUAUUCCGUUAGAUGAACUUGAUUCUCCAAUCACAAUCAUUCCAGUAGAUUCCAGAUUCUGUCGAAGCGAUGAUGGGAUUUCUCAUCCCGCUGUGGAUAACCCGUAUCGAUUAAACAAUGCAAAUCGUGAAUCUAACCUCGGAAAUACCCACAUUCAGCGCCCCAUAGAGAAGCAGCCAACCGAUUUGGAUGACAUUUAUCUGAUUGAGACUACUUCAAGUCGCCAACAUUCAUUUGUUCCUUCUCAACCAAAUAAUGAGAGUUUCUAUUACCGUCAACUGGAUCCCAGGAUAAAUCGAUUGCUGAAAAAAAAUGACAGAACUUCCCCUUCGGAUUCGUUAGAUUCUCUUCAAACAUCACAAGAUCCUGUAAUAAUUCCAAUAUCUCCAAAUUACCAGGAAAAAUAUCUCCCUUCUAAAGAACUCUCUUCUGAUCCUUGGCAAUCCUCAAAAGCCUCAUCUCCCUUAAAGGGAAAAGGAAUUCGUUAUUGGUAAUAUAAUUUCAGUUUUGCCAAAAAAAAAAAAUGUUCUUUGUUUUCAAUCAUUUCCCUGUUGAAGUUUAAUUCCCUCAUGUUCCUCAUCUAUUAUCAACUUAAAAUAAUUGUUUUGUUUCCCAACGCAGCUUUCGUUCCCCGGAAUCCUAUUUUGAAAUGAAAACUAAGAUAAAUCGAAAUACAGUAAAUGCUCAUGUUA